ACGGGAGAGAAAGAAAGAUCAGGAAAAAUUACUGUUGUGCACAAGUCCCGACCCUUCGCCUGACCUGAACAAAAGUGAUGCGUGCCAUUCUCUCUCUCUUUUUCUGUGCCCCCGCGGAUGUGUAAGUUAGUCACGCCGUUGCUCAGUUGAUGUGUGACACUGGGCUAAUAUGAAAGCGAUAUCGGUGCGCUGAACUAUAUUUAGUUAGCGUAAGUGUGUAGACGAGAGCCGGUGUUUGGUUGUGUAUGUAAUAUGCACCAUGUCUAUUUGAAAUGAUAUUCGUCAUUUUUAUCCAAUGUCAACAUAACCUACCUUUGGAGUUUACCGCGAGGAUUUAAAUCAACACGACCCUGUGGAAAAUCAAUUCUGGAUAAAUGAUAGUGAAAUUUAAAAAUAUGUUCGGACGUGAAAUGAAAAUUCUAUUUUUUCUUUCUUUGUGUUGUGUGCUUGUUCGUAUGCAGGAAAAUGAUUGUCCGACAAAAUGUGUGUGUUUUCGGACGACAGUGAGAUGUAUGUUUCUACAACUGGACACAAUUCCGUCUCCUCUACCUUCGGAUACAACAGUUUUAGAUUUGCGGUUUAACAGAAUACAAGACAUUCCAUCCGGGUCAUUUUCAGGCCUGAAUAGAUUAAGCACAUUACUUUUAAAUAACAACAAAAUUCAGAGAUUAUUAGACGGUGCAUUUGAUGGACUUCCUGAACUGAAAUAUCUAUAUGUAUAUAAAAAUCAAAUAACUUCUGUUGAAAGUAAAGCGUUUAGACAUUUGAGGAAACUUGAGCAGGUAUUUAUGCAUAACAACAACAUAUCGAGUCUUCCAGAAGGUCUUUUUGACAACACACCGAAAUUACAACGACUACGUCUGGAUGAGAACCCGGUCCACUGUGACUGUGAUCUGCUUUGGAUUACUCGCAUGGUACAGAGGAGGAGAUCUCGUGUCCAGGUUACUGGGACAUGUCAUUCACCUGAACGGGUCCUUAAUAGGGCCAUAGGUACCCUGAGUGAGCGUCAGUUCAGCUGUGGUCGAUAUGUAAUCCCCGUGCUGACAAGGAGACCAGAGGACCAUGAAGCAGUAGAAGGAAGCACUUCCAUGUUUCGCUGUACCGGAACUGGAACACCAACUCCGGUCAUUACAUGGUUCAAAGACGACGAACUAUUACCGUUGGAUGACAGAAUACAGGUCUAUGAGCUUGGAGCAAUGCUGAGGUUUUCACGGGUCGUCUACGCUGAUCAGGGAGUUUACACCUGUAAAUUGACUAAUGCUGCCGGAGCAGCUGAAGCUAGUGCAGAGCUAAGAAUUACACAACCAACCCAGACUCAGGAGUUUCCCGCCAACGUAGAAGUAGAAACUUUUGUUGGCACCAAUAGUAUCUUAGAGUGUGCCACCGACGACUUCAUUCCACAGUAUCGGUGGAUUAAGGAUCAAGUAUUACUGCAAUCUGGCCCAAAAUACUCCUUCCAGGGGAAUCGGCUCGUCAUCAGGAAUAUUGUCCCAAGUGACGCUGGCAAAUAUGAGUGUUUCCCUGAAGGCACUGUCGGAUUCAACAGGAAAGCUGUCUUACUCAAAGUUACAGGUGAUGACCGUACGUUUGAAGGAGACGCAUUUGUGCGCCAGGCCAUAAGAGAAGCUACCAAUCGUGUGAACGUGGCCAUCAAUGACACACAGCGUCAUCUGUUUGACCGCUCAAGACAGCACAGUGUCCAGGAUCUAAUAGCUAUUUUCCGAUAUCCUGCAGCCGAAGCGUUGGAACUGGCUAGAGCGGAGGAGAUAUUCGAACAGACGCUGGAUAUCAUUGUUCGGCACGUUCGCGAAGGGCACACCUAUAACCUUGAUACCACAGGUGACAGCUACCGUGAUAUCAUCUCCCCUGGUCAUCUUACUCUGAUCGCCAACAUGUCAGGAUGCUUUGCAAAUCCCCGUAUAACAAAAUGCACCAAUAUGUGUUACCAUAAGAAGUACCGAACGAUGGACGGGACGUGCAACAAUCUUCAGAAGCCACUGAAUGGGGCAACUGUCACGGCGUUCAGCAGACUUCUCCCACCCAUAUAUGAGAACGGAUUCAACACUCCUGUUGGCUGGAGUUCUUCAAAGCAAUACAAUGGUGUUCACCUUCCCAGUCCGCGUCUCGUCUCCUCCUUCCUAAUGUCAACAGACCAUGUAACAGAGGAUGAAACUAGUACUCAUAUGCUUAUGCAAUGGGGACAGUUCGUAGACCACGAUAUCACUCUAACACCACAGUCAAUCAGCUAUGCCCGCUUUAGCGAUGGUCGACGCUGUAAUGAGACUUGUGACAAUGAGUACCCAUGUUUCCCAAUCCCAGUACCUCGCAGCGACUCUCGCAUCCAGACCCAUCCUUGUCUUGGGUUCGCACGGAGUAGUGCCAUGUGUAAUUCUGGUAGCACUUCCAUCUUCUACAAGACAUUCUCAGCUCGUCAACAAAUAAAUGCUAUCACUGCUUUCGUAGACGGAAGUAACGUGUAUGGUAGUAGCGAAUUUGACAUCCAAAGAUUAAGGGAGCUAACCAAUAGUCGUGGGCUUUUAAGGGAAGGACCGAUAUCUACCAAUAGGAAAAGGCUUCUACCCUUCGACAAUUCAGGGUUUUUGGAGCAUAUCGAUUGUCAGAUUGAACCAAGCAAGCAGCACGUACCUUGCUUCCGUGCUGGAGACAAUCGUGUAAACGAACAUUUGGCUCUUACAGCAAUGCACACGCUAUGGAUGCGCCAACAUAACCAUGUAGCUCAUGAACUUGGUAAGAUCAAUGUACACUGGGACGGAAAUAUGAUCUUUCAUGAGUCUAGAAAAAUAAUUGGUGGCAUGAUGCAGCAUAUCACGUACAACCACUGGCUCCCAAGCAUCAUUGGCCAAGAGGGCAUGGAGAAACUUGGUCCAUAUACCGGUUAUGACCCAGAUGUCGACCCCACGAUAACUAAUGAAUUCGCUACCGCUGCUAUGAGGUUCGGACAUGCUCUUGUUCAACCUGUCAUCUUUAGACUAAAUUCCAGUUUCUACCCAAUCCCAGAAGGAAACCUCGAAUUACACAAGGCAUUCUUUUCGCCUUAUAGACUGCUGGAGGAAGGCGGAAUCGACCCCUUACUUCGCGGCAUGUUUGCUGUUUCGGCAAAAAAGAGAAUGCCCAGUGAAAUGAUGAACUCAGAACUUACUGAAAAAUUGUUUUCUCUGGCCAAUGUUGUGGCACAAGACUUGGCCUCGUUGAAUAUUCAGCGAGGACGUGACCAUGGCCUGCCCUUCUACAACGCAUAUCGGGAAUUAUGUGGCAUGUCUAGGGCAGCCAGUUUUUCGGAUUUUCAAGCUGAAAUCACCAGUAGUGAUGUCCGUGACAAGCUACAAGCUCUAUAUGGUCAUCCGGAUAAUAUUGAUUUAUUUGUGGGAGGAAUGAGUGAAACACCCCUGCCAGGGGCCAAGGUUGGUCCUACCUUCAUGUGUAUCCUCGUGGACCAGUUCAAGAAAAUCCGUGCCGGUGACCGGUUCUGGUACGAGAAUUCCAAAAUGUAUGAACCUGAGCAGAUACACGCCAUCAAGCAGACAACAUUGGCGCGAGUCAUCUGUGACAGCAGUGAUAACAUUGACAAGGUACAGGAAGACGUGUUCGCUCGAGUCGACAACUACACGCAGUACCUACCCUGUAAUAAAAUCCCAAACAUCAAUCUUAAAGUUUGGGCAGAAUGUUGCGCAGAUUGUAAUGACGCAGGUGAUUUCCAAACACUGACUAGUAAAUUCCAGCGAGCCGCCACUCCCCGCCAGUCUCAUCGUGAAGACAGGGAGCAUGUACUAGAGGGCCGAGAAUACCAGAAUACUAUGGCUAGUCUUGAGAAUAUGAAGGAAGGCAUGUCGGUGAUGGAAACUCGAAUGGAAGGCAUGGAAGGAACAAUUAGUGGUCUCACUAAAACGCUUAAAUACCUCAGAAGGAAGAUGAAGAAAAUGCACAGACAUAUGAGGAAACAUCCGAAGGCUGGCUGUGUAGAUGAAAGAGGUCAUUUCCGUCCCGAAAAUCAGCGAUGGAGGAUGCAUGAUUGUAAAGACUGUAUAUGUCAGAAUGGCCGAGUAGAAUGUACAACUCAGUUGUGCCAUAUACCAGACUGUGACUUUCCGAGGAAAGUUCCAAACCAGUGUUGUCCUGUGUGUUGAAGACGAUGUCUGGGAGCAAUGCUGCAAUCUUCCAAAGCAACAAUCAGUGGACAUGAUGACAUACUCUCUCACAUAGCACAGUCAGUGGUCAUACAGUGACGAACUCUCACUGCUGUCUCUUAACGAUAUUAUUAAAUAAUGAGUGAAUUGUGUUUCUUGCAAACUGUCCAUGUGAACGCAGUUGGGAUUAACAGAAAUACUGUAUAUGCCAACGAAGCAUACAAGCGGUUCUUCUAUUGGUGUUCCUUUGUCACAGAAAGCAGUUGUACCAUAGAUAUCGAGAACUGAUCUCUAAUGCAAUAGGAGUAUUGUAGUUUAGCGAUUAACUCUUGUUUUCAGAAGAAACAAUUGUGUAGUUUAUUUUUUAAUGAACUGCAUUUUGGACCAAUUUAUGGUCAUAGUAUAUUGAUGUAUAGCUCAGUAAAUCCAAGACAUAGCUGUGAUACAGCUCCUUGCUUCCUAUAAAAUGCUGCCAAGAUUUGUUUGGAUGCUGUGAUAUACCUAGCAUUUAUAUCUGCUCACUGCUAUUGCGAGGAACUGUUAAGAUCUAACAUGCAUGAAGAUAGCUCUUUAUUUGUAAUUAUUCACUAAUAACGUAUAGAAACUCUCAUACCUGAAAUCAGCAGUACAAAACGAACAGGAGGUAAAGUAUAUGGUACUAAUAUCACUUGAAUAUUGUUGUUUCAUUUUCAAUGCUAACGGCUGACCAAUAGAAUAAGUUAUAAAUCACGGGUGUAAAAGAUUUUACAGAUCCUAUAUAUUCAACUCUCUCGCCGUCUUAUUUUGAGGAGCCCUUCAAACAGCUCUUCAAAUAUAUUAACGAAUUCUUUUAAGGGAAUACAUUUUUACAACGUGCUUAUUUUUUCAAACGUGUAGGUUUACCUGCAUAUGUAUGCGAUUACUGCCGGUGAAAUACAACUACUAGUAAGUAAUGUUAUGCUUUUUAUUCAACGUAAGUUAUUGGUUAACAAAUCGAAUGCCCCCUCACCUUAGCAACUGUGUAUAGUGGGAAACAAGUCUAAAACUGUCUCUCAGGAAAAGAUUUUCGUAUCAAGGAUCAAUUUAAAUUCCAUUGCUGAUUGUUUCUGUUAGAAGACAGCACUUAUUAAACGAUUAUUUUUUUCAUGGCAGUCUUGUUAAAAUGAUCGAUACGAUUUCUUUUAUUAUUAUUAUUAUUUUUAGAUGUUGUUCUAUUGAAGUGUUACAUUAUGUCUUCAAUGCGAUGUCUUUGUAGUUUGUCGUAUUUAUUUUCUACAAACAUCCAAACUGCCAGUAAAGCAAACAGGAACAUUGCACAUUGUUGCAUUUAUGUUUGAAUGAAAAAACAUUGUUACAAAUCUCAAUUUUUCCAGACGGAGUUUUAACCAAUUUUAUCACUAGAAACUUAAUUGUCUAUAUCAUUCAUAAUACUUUGCAAUGCAACUUAAUAAUAGUUCAUCUCUUGAAUUCAGAGGUGAAAACCUCGCUUGUGUAUACUUUCACCAGCUGCAAUCAGAGAUAAUUGUCUGUAUAUGGAUUGUAUGUUUUAUAACAUUUGUAUAAUUGAAUGCUACAUUAAAUUGUGCCUUUACUCAAUGCCAGUAUAAUCGUCCAUGUUUUCUAGAUGAAAAUAAAUGCAACACUCGUUGUUCCGUCGAUGACUCGUUAUUUCAACACGCAUUUUUUCUUUCUCUCUUUUUUUCUUUGUCUUGUAAAAUGUGGCAAAAUUUUCUUGACAUGACCUACUUACUAUAUUAAGCCAUCCACAAACAUGUAAUAAACAUUUAAGAAGAUCGUGAAAAGAAAGCUGGCAUUCAUCGUAGUGAUAGACAAUGGUCGGGCUGGUCUUGCUCAGCUGUUCUAUUAUUGAAAGAUUUUUGUGUCCAACAUUCUCAUGAAAAUAAUUUUCUUACCAGGACAAAGACCAGGAUUUGGGAAAAAAUAUUUUAACACUUUGAUAAUUGAGUUUCAUAUAAUGAUAUGAAUUUAUUAAUGAUAUAUGUUACGAGCGAUUGUGUAUAUUUUCACAUGUUUUAUUUACUCUUUUAUAUCGUCUUCCAUUUGCCAUCAUCUCUGAUGCAGUUUGUAUUUUAAUAUAUAUAUAGAACAUGUAUUUUUGUACUUUGCAAUUCUUUUUCCUGUACUUUUGUAUAACAAAAUAAGCAUUUCUAUCACUGAUGUAUUUGUAGUUAUAAUUUAGUGCUUUAUAUAUCUUUAACUAAUGACACGUUUAACGUUAGUGAUAACUAUUGGAUUAAAAGGGUAUUAAUUCGAAAAUAUUUGCUUUAUCCUCAGUUUCUAAAUUUGUAUAAAAAGCGUGUAGACUACUCAAGAGUUGUUAAGUUACAUAGUUCAUUGUGCAUUCUACUCGUACUUAAGUGAGGUUCUAUGAUUUGUAGAGUGAUAACUGUCUUACAUAAAAAGAUUUCAUUGGGCAAUGAAAAUUACUUGGUCGAGGAAAAAUUAUCGCAAAUUAAUAUGCUCUAAUUUUAAAAGUCGAGGAAAAUGAACUGAAAUUAGAAUGGUCGAUUCAAAUGCAUUUUGAAUAGCUAUGGAUAAGAGCAACUUCUAAACCAGGCGUUAUUUGGUUUUUUUCUAUUACCUUUAGAUAAAUGAUACAGUGAGAUUUACCUAGCAUAUUUCUUUCGGGUUUUUAUCUUCCAAUCCGAUUUGUCGGAAUUAAAAUCAGGGAUAUUUGAUUGGUCAACAGCUGUAACCUUCUUUAGUUUGCCUUAAUGUCAAACAAUAUAUUGCUAGUAUUUUUGUGUACAAGAAUAAAACCAGAGUUCGAUUUGUAAUUAUUGUCAUUGAUCUUAUUCCCAGCCAAUUAUAUCAUGGUGCAAAAUAUGUAAUGACAUUUUAUUUUUAAAAAAGCAUUAAAUAAACAAAGCACAUGUUUAUCCAUUUUCCAAGCCAGUUUUAAUUAUAAGAAUUAGUGAUCUAUGUGUAAACUACCAAAGAUAUGUGUUAAUGAGGGAUUUAGUUUCGUCUAACUACCAGUAUAUUAGCUAAUUGUGCGUAUGUAUCAUUUUGUAAGCAAUUCAAUCAUAAAAUACUUUGUGGACAUAAACAAAUAUAAGUAUGUGAUACUAUUUGAAUUAAAGCCAACAAUUCAUACAUGA